GAGGGGUCCUCGCGGAGCGAGAGCCGCCCAUCGGCGAGGGCGGGCGCUUGUCAUUCUGGACUUGACCUUGCUGGGAGUGGCGUCUUUCUCGGGUCUCUGGGGUGCGACGGCGCGCAAUUCGGCUUUCUUCCGACUUUCUCGCAGGCAGUCCCGCGGCUGUUGAGAUUGAGAACUCGUCAUUAAGUGCCAGCCUUGGGUGUGGAAGGAGGCGAGGCAGUCCUCCCACCUGCUUGGUGAUCCAGGGUUCACCGGCAUUUCUAACCCAGAAGGGGACCUAACGGACAUCUGGGCAUCCCCACCAAAGUAGCCGGAGUCGUUGAAUCAGAAUGUCUACCAUCUUGACUUCCACUUUUAAAAACCUUUCUACUACAUCAAAAUGGGCCCUCAGAUUUUCUGUAAGACCUCUGAGCUGUUCUUCCCAGCUACGAUCUGCCCCAGCUGUCCAGACCAAGUCCAAGAAGACCUUAGCAAAACCCAAUAUAAAGAAUAUCGUGGUGGUGGAAGGUGUCCGCAUUCCAUUUCUGCUGUCUGGCACUUCCUAUAAAGACUUAAUGCCACAUGACUUGGCUAGAGCUGCACUUUCGGGUUUGUUGCAUCGGUCCAGUGUUCCAAAGGAUGUUGUUGAUUAUAUCAUCUUUGGUACAGUCAUUCAGGAAGUAAAAACAAGCAAUGUGGCUAGAGAGGCUGCCCUUGGUGCUGGCUUCUCUGACAAGACUCCCGCCCACACUGUCACCAUGGCUUGUAUCUCUUCAAACCAAGCUAUGACCACAGCUGUUGGUCUGAUAGCUUCUGGUCAGUGUGAUGUCGUCGUGGCUGGUGGUGUUGAGUUAAUGUCUGAUGUCCCUAUUCGUCAUUCAAGAAAAAUGAGGAAAAUGAUGCUUGAUCUCAAUAAAGCCAAGACUCUGGGACAGCGUCUGUCCUUACUCUCCAAAUUCAGAUUGAAUUUUCUAUCACCUGAGCUCCCUGCAGUGGCUGAGUUCUCCACUAAUGAGACCAUGGGCCACUCCGCAGACCGGCUGGCUGCUGCCUUUGCUGUUUCUCGAAUGGAACAGGAUGAAUAUGCUCUGCGGUCUCAUAGUCUGGCCAAGAAGGCACAGGAUGAAGGACAUCUUUCAGAUAUUGUACCCUUCAAAGUACCAGGAAAGGACACAGUUACCAAAGAUAAUGGGAUCCGUCCUUCCUCACUAGAACAAAUGGCCAAACUAAAGCCUGCAUUCAUCAAACCCUAUGGCACAGUGACAGCUGCGAAUUCUUCUUUCCUGACGGAUGGCGCAUCUGCGAUGCUCAUCAUGUCAGAGGACAGAGCUCUGGCCAUGGGCUAUAAGCCAAAGGCGUAUCUGAGGGAUUUUAUGUAUGUGUCCCAGGAUCCAAAAGAUCAGCUUUUACUUGGACCAACAUAUGCUACUCCAAAAGUUCUAGAAAAGGCAGGAUUAACCAUGAACGAUAUUGAUGCUUUUGAAUUUCAUGAAGCCUUCUCAGGCCAAAUUUUGGCUAACUUUAAAGCCAUGGAUUCCGACUGGUUUGCACAGAACUACAUGGGCAGGAAAACCAAGGUCGGAUCGCCUCCUCUGGAGAAGUUUAACAUCUGGGGCGGAUCACUGUCUCUGGGACACCCUUUUGGAGCCACUGGCUGUCGAUUGGUCAUGGCAGCUGCCAACAGGCUGAGGAAGGAUGGAGGCCAGUAUGCUUUAGUGGCUGCCUGUGCAGCUGGAGGACAGGGUCAUGCUAUGAUUGUGGAAGCUUAUCCAAAAUGAUUGCUCUAGAGGAGGUGGCCUGAUUUCUGUGUGCAGCAAUCACACUGGGCAAUGCCAUUUCAAUGCACCACCAAGUGACACCUGUAGUUCCUAGCUCUUCUUGGGAAAACAACAUCUGUGGCCUUCUCUUAAUACUUUGCGAUCAAGCCUUGCCAGUGUUCCAAGCUUUCCGAUAAUCUCAGCCUCUGUUCUCUAAGUUCCAGAGUAUCACAGAUGUGCACACAGUUCUUGUUAUCUCUUGUCACAAAGACUAAUGGCUGGCAGCAGCUUGGAGAGAUGUUAGCUGAGGUUUGAAGUCAUCUUUGUAACAUUUGCAGAUUUCCCUUGUUCUUGUCCGUGUCAUAGAGAUAAUUAUUUUUUUCUAAAAUACAAACCAAUGUGCCUAAAGUAACUUACUAUGGAAAAAAUAAUAAUCUAAACAUCUCUGAAACCUGAAAUGCUUACUAUAUAUAUAUAUAUAUAGCAUGUUGAUUGACCUUAAUAAAGUAGAAAUGUAUUAGA